ACGCCUCGUCAUGCUCACAUUAGUGCUUAGAAGAAGCUCUGAUACGGGCGACUGUUUCAAGCUUUGCACAAGAGAGCUGUACGCUGAGUCAGAGCUGCUAAUCGUGUGUUCCGCUUUCUACAAGACGCGCCUGGUGGAGGACGAAGAUCUUGUGGUGGAGAGACGAUGGGCGACUAUGACACUUGUUUUCACUCCCUGCAUAGCACUGUCCAGCGCCUUGUGUACCAAGAGCUCCGACCCUGUGUCAAGAGCACUGGUGGCCUCGUCUAACAAAAGGAUGGCUGGAUGGCCCUCAGCCUUUGUUUCUGCCCUCCCGAAAGUUGCACCCCAACCUGCUCUGAAUGGAUUUUGGGCUUGGGAGCCUGGCCAGCACCGUGCUGCAGUACUUCCUUGGGCACCGGUCAGGCGUUAUAAUCAGCCGCAGGCUCCAGGAAGUAGCGUUUCGAGGUAGGUUGCGAACAGCGGCCCGGCGCUCACAGCACGCCUGUCAGCCAAUACAACAGCGGUGAGGGGCAUGCUGAGCGAUACUUACAGUUUGUUUGUGCAGAGCCUGAGCCCCUUGCAGCAAGCGUUCCGGAGCAAGGGACUGGUUGGAGACAUAAGACAUCAGAGCGCCAACCAGAUUGCUGCAGAAGCUGCAUCCAGCAUCCGCACCGUUGCGUCGCUGGGCAUGCAUGAAAGCACUCAAGCAGCGGCUGCACCAAGCGGUCCGUGGUGCAGGGAGUGCCACACGGGCCAUGGUCAUGUGGUUUGGGAUCGGGCUGGUGAAGCGCGGCACGUUCGAGCCCGUGUUAAGAGCCAUCACGGUUCUCACUAACACGGUGAUCAGCUUCGGAUAAUCCCCGAGUUGACGAGGGGAGGGGCCGCACUGGAAUGGAUGCUUGCCACUAUCUGCCGGCGGCCGAGAUUGAGAGUGACCAUCCACGAGGGGAGCGGCCGGAGCAAGUCAUGGUUGGUUCCGUGGAGCUGGAGAGCGGCAGGAGGCGCCCCUGUUUGGAGUGUCUAUUCGGGACAACAUUCUGUUUGGGAGGGGAGGUGGUGGAGGCUGCAACUCUGGCAAACGCGCACGACUUCAUCAGCGCUACGACACUCAGAUUGGCGUAGGGGGGUGUCCGAUGUCCGGUGGGCAGCGGCAGAGGAUUUGCCA